AUGGAUGUCCACCUGCUCGUCUAUGACCUCUCGCGAGGUAUGGCGAAACAAAUGUCUGCUGGUCUUCUCGGUUUCCAGCUAGACGCCGUUUAUCACACCUCGAUUCAACUAAACGGGCGGGAAUAUGUGUACGAUGGCAACAUUGUCUCCAUCAUCCCUGGGUCUUCGCACCUUGGCCGGCCCUUGGAGGAGAUUUAUCUUGGAAAGACUGAGUUGCCCAUGGAGGUGAUUGAAGAGUAUCUAGACUCGUUGAGGGAAAUUUACACAAUGCAGACAUAUGAUCUCUGGACACAUAACUGCAACAAUUUUUCCAACGACCUUGCUACGUUUCUCCUCGGAAAGGGCAUUCCCGACUACAUCAUCAACAUGCCCCAAACGGUGCUCAGCUCGCCUAUGGGACAGAUGCUGAUGCCCAUGCUCAACCAGCAAAUCCAUGCCAACAAGCGUGGCGGUGGCAUUCUGGGUAUUCAGCAAAACACCCCUGGAAGCACGUCUAAGCCAAAAUCACAACUUCACCACCACGAGGGCAAGGUCCACAACGUCACCAGCCUGAAGGAGCUUCAGUCUCUUUUGGAGAAGUACCAGAACUCGUGUGCCGUCGUCUUCUUUACUUCAGCAACCUGUCCACCGUGCAAGGUGCUUUACCCUCUAUACGACCAACUAGCAGCUGAGCUGGGGGACAAGGGUGUUUUGAUCAAAGUCGAUGUCUCAGCUGCCUUCGACGUGGGAAGCGCUUACUCGGUCAGUGCAACGCCUACAUUUGUGACGUUUUUGAAGGGCAAGCAAGAAAACCGGUGGAGCGGUGCAGACCGAGGAGCGUUGCAAGGGAAUGUGCGUCUUUUGGUUCAGAUGGCGUGGCCGGCUCACGCCCACCAGUCUCUAAACCUUCCAACAUUUUCGAACCCGGGCACAAAACCGGUCCUCUACACCAAAGUACCGCCUCUGGAGAAACUGCUCACCAAAAUGGGCUCGGACGCCCAGAACCCGGCAGUGCAGGGUGUUAAGCAUUUCAUCGAGGCUCGAUCGAAAGACGGGCCUGCUGAGGCAACACUGCCUGAUAUGGCUGCCUUCACAACGUUUGUGCGCCAUUCGAUCAACAACGUGCCAACAGAAACUCUCUUUACGGUUGUUGACUUGAUGAGAAUCGGUCUCGUUGAUCCUCGUUUUAGCGGAUAUCUGGCCGAAGAGGUGGUACACGGUACCGUCACGGCGCUUCUGGAGCACGUCAACGACCUGAAGGAGUGCCCAUACGCUCUUCGAUUGGUUACCCUGCAAAUGGCAUGCAACCUAUUUUCCAGCCAGCUCUAUGCCGACGAGGUUCUCAGCAACGACAAGCUGCGAACUCCCCUCACGCAGCUCGUCUCGUCCAGCCUUCUCGACGAUACUCAUAACAACGUGCGGGUAGCAGCGGCGUCUCUGCUGUUCAACAUCGCCUUGGCAAACAGUCGCAAGAGACAGGAUGGACCGGGUGACGUGCUCCCGCAGGACGAUCAGAUCGAGCUGGCAGUAUCCAUUCUGGAGGCCAUCGCCCAGGAGGAGGCUUCGGGCGACGCGCUGGAAGGUAUGCUGUUGGCCUUGGGAUAUCUUGCGUAUCGGAUGCCGCUUGACGGUGAGCUUUCGGAUCUGUUGAGAACGAUGGAUGCUGAGAACAGCAUCCUGGAAAAGAAGAAGGCAUUCCCAGAGCUGAAGCUGAUCGAUGAGGUCGGGGGCGAACUGUUGGGCAAAGGAUUGAAUACGCCGUAG